CCAGCGAACUACCAGUAUGAGGGCUGUGUCCUUCAAGCGGCCAGUGGUCUUAUUAGUGGUCAUUAGUCUCUUUGUGUGCAUGACCAUGUUUCUUAAUAGUGGAUCCUUGCAGACAGAGCGGACUGGCAGAGAGGUGGACACUCUGCGUAUGAGCAGGGGGUUUUCUGUCCUGGAGGCAAGCAUUCACAAUCUGAGCAAUAUACUCCAAAGUUUUGAGCAAAAGCAGGAUACCAUUCAGAAAAUGCUUGAAGAUGACAGAGAGAGACUUCAAAAAGUUGCAGAGGUCCAACAACUACUCAUCCAAAAGCAGCCAACAGAGGAAAAGCAAGCCAAAGAAAAGAUCCAGGACCAAAAAGAGCCUCCCAAAGAGAAAACACCCAAAAAGCUGUUUCCCAACUCUGUCCUCUUCAAGAACUGGGGGGACAAUCUGUCUGAGGAUGACCAAAGAGAGGCACAGGGUCUGUUUGAGAAAUAUGGCUACAAUGUUUUUCUCAGCGAUCGCCUUCCUCUAGAUCGAGUUCUUCCAGACACCAGGGACCCAAGGUAUUGGCUUGAUAAAUUCCUGUGGUAG